AUGAAGAGGAGUAAAAAGAAGUGGGCAGAUGAUUCAGUGUUUGAGCGAGUGAAUACACGGGGCCCUGAGCCUUUUGAAACCUUGUUGUCGUUCCAGCAGAAGCUACUAGUUGUCAUAAUCCACUCUCUUCGCCGCAGACAACUCUGCCAUGGAUUCUCACAGGCAUCAGUCCAGAAACUGGAACCACUCAUCGAAGGCCAGAUGAAAAGCCUUGUUGACGCUGUUGAUCCGGAAAGUGGUCCCAGGUUGACGGAGCAGGAGAUUAAUUCUGAGGCUUUUGCUGUUCUGUGA